AUGGUUUCGUACUUUACCCUAGAUGCUACAGGCGAAGCAAUUAAUUUCCAAAAAGAAAUCUCAAAUAUGAUGCACGGAUGCGGGGACAAUCCGAACCCUAAUGUGAGCACAGUUAUCCUGGUAGAGAGCAUUGUACUUCAACAGUUACGGUCUAUACUCCAGGAAGCUUUAAAUAAUUCUACACUUCGCGGUGCCAAGUCAAUCAGUAAUAUCGACAUUAUAUAUUUAAUGAGAAAUAACGGAUUAAAAUUGAAGCGAUUACACGAUUACCAAAUCAAGCUGGACCAAAUAGAGAAAAAUAGUAUGGCACCGAUAAGCAUGGCGACAGCAUCUUCCCUACCUGUUUUGGAGGAUGAUAAAGAAGUGGUAAAAAAGAAACGUACACAUAUUGAUGUUAUAAGAGAUCUUGAUGAAGUAGACGAAGUGAGCCAAAUCAAAUUUGAUGUAAUUGAUUACUUGAGAAAGGUGAGAGCAUCAAAACUAUCAGAGGCAAUGUCAUUUGAGAAGUACGAGGCCUAUCAUAAAGCCAGGUGUAGCUCAUUUCGUUCCGGUUAUGGGGUUGGUAAGGGUUUCGUGAAACUUGAGAAAUGGGUAAAUCCAAAUAAAGAACUAAAAAUCAUGGUACAAGCUAUGGAAGUUUUGUGCUUUUUAGCUUAUGAGACAGUAGCGGAAAUAGUUGAUGCUGUAUUCCUCAUACGUCAAGAUAGCAAGAAAAAAUCUGGUGAUCCCUUUAGUAAAUUCGAGGGUGGCCACUUCUGCAAUCCUUUGAGUUUGAAUAAUGCUGUAUAUAUUAAAUCGGGAUAUGAAGGUGUACCAGCCAUAUCUGUAGCAGAGGUUAGAGAGGUUUUACGGAGAUAUUUCACUCCAAAAUGUGGGAUGAAUGGUUUAUUCCAUAGAAAUAUGAACAACGACUUACCUGUCAGAUACAUUGCUAUAUAG